AUGAGCCAGAAGGAGAAUGUGAAUGCAAAAAGGUGUGCCCAAAACAUUUUAAAGCCCCAGAAACCCAUUCAGCCCUACAUCUGCUCAACUCUGAAUGAUUUUCAAGAAGAGAGAGACUUUUUGGCAAACUACAUCUUCCCUCAGCUUAAUGAACUCUGCAACUCCCGAGGCACAUAUUUCAAAGCUGUGGACCUGAGGUGGUCAGCACUGAAGACCCAGGAACCCUUUCCCUCCAGCCUCCUUAGACAGCAUUCCUGUCUCCGUUCCCAACAUCUGAAGCUCUGUCUUGACUAUGUGAACAGCUGCCUUCCGUUUUUCAUCUGCAUGCUGGGUCAGACAUACGGAGACUUUCUCCCUCACUGCUCACCUUUCAUGUUCUCCAAAGCCACUGACUUGUCCACUUUAUCCAAAGUAGAACAGAAUCUCUAUGUUGCUGCAAAAAAUGGUUAUCCUUGGGUCCUGGAGAAUCCCCACUGCAGUUUGACGGAAUUUGAGAUCAUCCAAGCGGCAUUUUUGAAUGAGUCGCAAUUUCAGUAUUUUUACUUUAGGACGGGAACUAUGCUGCUGAAGACGUUAGACGAAGAAAAGGAGGAGGUGCUGUCCUCAUGUUCUCUGAAGAACGAUGAGGAAAAAUUAAGGAUUGGAAAGCUUAAGGCGAAGAUUAUCAGCAAAGGGCUUCCUGUCAGAUUUUAUAGAGAUCUCCAGGAGUUGGGUGAGCUGGUUUUCAAGGACUGGUCGGUUGUGAUAGAAAAGCUUUACCCCUCCACCAUAAUGUUUGAAAAUAUAGACUACAAGCACAACUUUGAACGUUCCUAUCAUGAAGAGUUUGCUGAGAAGUGCGAGCAAGUUUUUGUUAUUUCCAAAGAGUCAAACAGGACCUUUGAAGUCUUGGAAAGAUUUGCCUUAAAAGAUGUGGAAUUUGAUCCUAACAGUGCAGCAUCUGAUUCCAGUUUAGACUCUGUUCUGAGAUUUUUCAGAAUAAAUCCUCUUCCCACUUACAAGUCUGUUUUGCUCUUGUCUGGAGAACGUGGUUGUGGAAAGUCCACUCUGAUUGCCAACUGGGUGAAUUAUUUCAAAAAGAAACACCCAGACAUGUUGCUGAUCCCUCAUUUUGUGGGUAGCACCUGUGACAGCAGUGACAUCAUGUCUGUGAUCCAUUACUUCAUCACGGAAUUACAGUACAAAAACUAUGGUACUCAGCUCGAAACUGAUGUUCUUAAUGAAGACCCGAAUAUCUUGGUCUUUUCACUUCUUGUAGAAGUGUUCAUUGCUUCUAUCAGCUCAAAGCCAUGUAUACUCGUACUAGAUGGAAUCGAAGAAUUGACUGGUAUUUAUGGGAUUUCAGGACAGAAGGCAAAAGAUUUUUCCUGGCUGCCACGCUCACUCUCUCCCCAUUGCAAAUUUAUCAUGAGCACCGUCUCCUCCAGCCUGUCCUACAAGUCACUGUGUACCCGCCCAGAUGUGAGGACACUGGAGUUCAUUAGCACAGGAGAGGAAGAAGUAAAACUAAACAUCUUUAGACAGCAUCUCUUCAUUCCCAGCAAGGACCCCUUCCAGCAGAACAGACAAGCUUUGAGGAAGAAAACAAACCUGAAUCCUUUAAAACUCACAAUCCUAGCCAAUGAAUUUAAAGAAUGUAGGAUCUACAGAGAUGAGUUUCAGUGUAUGAAGGAAUACUUGGAGGUGGUCUCUAUUCAGGAUCUCUGGGAAUUGAUUCUGAAACGCUGGAUGGAAGACUAUAGUUGGACUAUUAGAAAGAAAAAGGCAAAUUCAGACACCGUGGCUUCUGGAGAAGGGCUGGAUGGCUGGGUGGCCGACGCUCUGUGCUUACUGAGCAUCUCGCAUUGUGGGUUGGCGGAGGAUGAGCUACUCCAGCUUUUGGACAUGCUAGGCUACAGGAAUCAUUACCAAGUGACCCCGUUACACUGGGCUGCCUUCCGCAACGCCACCAAAGAGUGGAUCCAGGAGAAGCCCAAUGGCCUCCUGUGUUUUCGGCACCAGUCCCUGAGAAAUGCUGUGGAGCACAAACUUCUUGGUGUAAUCACACCUGUCAGAGAGAGCAGUCCACAUACCUUUCAGAACCCAACGAAUCACAAGAAAACAUAUUUUCACCACGUCUUGGUUAGAUACUUCCAGCGGCAAACUGCUUUCUGGCGAGUUUAUCAAGAAUUGCCAUGGCAUAUGAAGAUGAGCGGCUGCUGGGAGGGUUUAUGCAGCUUUGUCUCGAGUCCUAACAUCACAGACUUUCUGUCAAAAAUCAGAAGUCCGAGCUUCUGGACAAGGCUGCACCUCCUUCACUACUGGAAUGUAUUAGAGGAAGCCGGAUAUGAUGUCUCAGGGGCCUAUUUACUCUCAGUGGCCAAGAUUAAAGCAGAUCAGUGCCAUAAAGCCAGGAAGAGAUGUAUGCUCUCAGUGCUGGAAAGCAGGGUUUUCGAGGUUACCACCGUUGACAAAUGCCGAUUAAUAUUCUUUAUUGCGAGAUUUUUGAAGUGUAUAGGCAAAACCAAGGAAGCAGAAGAGUUGUUUCUGAGUGUUGAGGACAUGUUAGUCCAGAGUCAAUCCCUGACAGAAAUGCUUUUCAUGGUACAGAAUGCUAUUGGAGAGUUGUAUCUUGAAACAGGAAUGACUCAGGAAGGGUUCCAGUAUUUCCAGAAAGCAUGGUCAAACCUGAUGUACUUUUCACCCAGUAACUUAAAAAAGCACCCGAAUUUGGUGAAGCAACAAGGCAGAGUGCUGAACAACCUGACAAAGUCAGGGUCGGAGGAGUACUUAAAAGGACAUCACAUUUUGGAAUAUGCUACUGAACUUUCCAAGUUAUUGGACAGCAACCCAAGGGAUCAAGCUACCAUGAAAUACACUGAAGGCGUUCUGAUAUUAAAUACUGGAAACAUAUCUCUUGCAAAAAUGAAAUUUCAAGAAUGUUUAGAUAUCAGGAGAAAUUUGUUCGGCGAGAAAAGUAUCCUAGUUGCAGAAAUUAUGGAAUUUUUAGCAGAUUUACAAUUUUUUUCCCUAAAUGGUGAAAGAUCCCAAAGGAAGCAAGUAAUUGAGUAUUAUAAACAAGUGAUAGAAAUAAAGGAAAAUGCAGAAGCUCUGGCCAACUCCUUGAUCAUCAGGAAGCAGCUGUGCAUCAGCUUAAGCGAUACCUUGUGUAAAUUAGCAGGUCAAUUAUUGCUAAGUGACUCUUAUCAUCACCUCAUGAUUGAGGCAGUGGGCUAUUUGUACAGGUCACUUGAUUUAAGGGCAACCUACCUGGGAACUUCUCAUUCAUCAAUCCGUGGAAUCCUGAACCUUCUCAGGGAAAUUGAGCGGAUCCGCGGCAGGAGAGGUUGGUCUCAAGGCAUGUACCAGCAAUAUUCCGAGGGUUCUAGGAAUGGUGGCUCAUUAAAGGAGAACUUGCUUAAAUUAACUUACCACAGUGCUCAGGGUUCUCAUACAGUGAGCUCUGCAAUGUGCCUGAAAUCAGAUAAGCUACAGAAGACUAAAAGCAUGAACUUGGCACCUCAUCCAAUUUUAGAUAAAUCAAAAUGUGUUUCUGGAAAAGGGAAAAAGAUCUUGAGACCCAUUGCUUGCAUUUCUGCUGAGGAGAAGACCAGACCAAAUACACAAAAUAAUGUUGAACUAUGGAAUGGCCCAGAAAAAGAGAGAGCAAAGGAAAAGAAAGACUAUACCUCUAAGAUUCUAGCUUUGGGUAAAAUGGAUGGUGUAGUAAAGCUUUCAAGGCAAAGGGUUCUGUCAGCUACAAGUGAGAGUGGAAAAGGUCAAAUCACCACAAUUUACCAGUAUCCACGGCUGGGGCUUCUUAGCACAAACAACCCACUGGAUUCCAUAUCUGAGCUCAUAUCGGAAAAGUGGCUUUUUCACAGCCCACAUUACAGUUUAACUCCUCAGAGGUGUUUUUUGCAGAGAAGAUCUCAAGUUGAAACAAAACCGUAG